CGGAAUUAUUAUUUAAUGGUAGCGAACGCGGUCGUCAUCCCCGAUCAUGGGGAUCGCCUCAUCUACUUCUUGAUUUCUCAACGCCACUCUCUUCUUCUUCUGUUCUUCAUAUCUGCAAGCGAUGCUCCUUCGGAGCUCUUCGUCGCCGCUGCUCAACUCGGCGUGGGUGGCGCCCGGGAAGGAGGCCGGGGCCCAUGAGUUCCCGGCGGGGGCUGUGGAGUUGCCCGUCCCGCAUAUCCGGAGGGCCCGCUCCGUGGCCCACCUCACCCCUUGCCUCUCCUCGUGUUCCAGCUCCUCCUUCGGCUCCUCACCCUUGGCUUCGUCCCCGUGCCCGCGGCGGCGGCUGGUGACCACCAUGUCCCGGACGUUGUCGGAGGGCGACCUCUCUGGCCUAUCCGCCACGGCGGUGCCCAAGUGCCGGGCUACGCCCUUCGCCGCCUCCGGCCUGUCCUCGUCCCUGGAAGAGGAGGGAGAGGAAGUGUUAUGUACGACGCCUCGUUCGGCCUUCCCUUCUUCUUCUGCCUCUUCGUUGGACCGGCUUUUGUCCAGCUCGGGCCUCGACGAAGGUGGCGUGGCGGUGACGGUGACGGAAGGAGUGGAGGGAUGCUGCGUCGCUGUCAUCGUCGUGGAUGAUGGUUGCACUGGCAGCGGGGAUGGUGGUGGAAAGAUAUGGGAUGGUGGCGGAAGAGGCAGACGCGGCGGCGGAGGACGUGGUGGGAGCACUAACGACGGAAACGGCGGCUUCGACCUCUCAGAUUCCAACAGCGGAAACGAUGCAACCGAUACCUAUUACCGUCAGAUGAUCAAAGCCGACCCGGCAAAUUCUCUCAUUCUCGGCAACUACGCCAAGUUCUUGAAAGACGUUCGAGGAGAUGUGGCCAAAGCCCAGGAAUACUGCGAGCGAGCGAUCGUGGCGAACCCCGGCGACGCCGAGGUGCUCGCGCUGUACGCCGAUCUAGUGUGGGAGGCCAACCGCGACGCUCCUCGGGCUGAGUCGUACUUCGCCCGCGCCGUGCAAGCUGCUCCCGAUGACUGCUACAUCACGGCUUCCUAUGCCAGAUUCCUGUGGGACGCCGAUGAGGAAGAUGACACUAAUAGCAACCAAUAUCCCCCGCCGAUCGUCCAAGGAGCAACUUCCCCACCUAUUGCAGCUGCUUCAUAAAGCCGCAGCUGACACUAAUAGUAACCUGUGGUGUUCUUGUUGGUAACUUGUGCAGUACUACAAGACAAUAUAUUCCAAGUGUCCUCCUCUUUGUGACAGCAUAUCUGUGAGAUUACACAAUUAGCUUGUCCGGGAAUGAAGAAAUCAUAUCUGAGCUGCUGAACAGGACACAGGGCAUUCUAUGGUUCUAAGAAAUGGGUGGUUUGAUGGGAAUCAUCAUCGGGCGCAGACAAAGACAAAUUAAUGUUGGCUUCCACAGCUUCCAAAUUAAAUUGUGACGAUCAAUUUGUAUCACUUUGAACUCUUUCUUAGGUUUGUUGAAGAUGGCAGACGCUUACACGAGAAGACAAAUGAUGGUUUCAGAGUGGUCGAGUGCAAUUAUUGGGGAAGCAGAGAGUCUGUAAUAAGUGAUCUGAUGUGAGUGUCAUAUAUAUAUUGUUUAAUGUGAAAAAAAACAGAAGAAGAUUAUUAUUAAG